AUGGAUCAACCGGGUCCAUCAACGUCAAAUCAGGACCCGAGAAUUGACUUCAUAGGCUCGUAUGUAGUAAAGUCCCUUAAACUUAAACCAGAAAAAUGGAUGCGAGUAUUGAGUAUAGAAGAGCAUAGGUCGACGUUAAAAGAUUUCUUGGAUAAACCUCAUCCUAUCCUUCUAGUCGUACUUCUAACUCAUACGGCUCAACUUGUUCCAGUAGUUUCGUUUCCUUGUUAUUUGAAGAACAAGGCCGUUUUUUUCGUCAAAAAGCGACCAGAUGUUGUUCCUAAAGAACGAUGUGCGGAAAUGGUCAUAUUUGGUGAUUUGGCCCCAAGGCUGAUAGAUGAACUGGCAGCAUUAGUAGACGAAGUAUUCGUACCUCUUCUGUCGAAUCCUCUCAACCAUGAAGGGUGGCCGUUAGUCGUCUCUCAAGAUAUACUCAAACAAAUACAUAAUCUUAAAAGCACAGUUUACGAGGUAAAAGGUAAAGUAAAUGGCCAAACAGUUUUACCAAUGCCGGUCGGAGUCGAAUUAGUUUACGAGGCUGAGAAGGGUUUGUUACGGGGUGAAGAAGUUGACUUAUAUUUAAAAAGUGCUAUAGAAGGUGUGGUUAUUAAGUGGGCUCAACAAAUUAACGAUGUUAUGAUGGAGGAUUCAUCUCAAGCGUUUGAUAAUGGACAAAAUCCACUACCGAGAGUUGAGAUAGCUUUCUGGAGAUCUCGGCUGAGUAAUUUAAAUUACAUUUACGAUCAACUGCGUACUGAUAGAGUUCGAUGUAUGGCGGUUAUUUUGGAAAAAACCACUUCCGCUUAUUAUCCAUGCUUUAGCCGACUUUUCAAAAAUAUUGUUUCAGCUUUAGCCGAAGCAUCUGAAAUCGAUUUAUAUUUGCAUACAUUAGAAAAGCAUUUUCAGGCAUUGGAAGAUACAGAUUUUAUUGAGUGUCAGCCUUUAUUUCGACCGCUUUUUCAUGUUAUAUGUAUGGUGUGGAGAGACUGCAAAUAUUAUUGCAGCUCAUCCAAACUAAUGGUUCUGAUAAAACAGAUAUGUAACUUACUUAUACAUCAGGCAAAGAAGUGUUUAGAUCCAAGCACAUUAUUUCACAGUGAUAUUGAUGAGGCGAGGCAGCGUAUACAAUUAACAAUCGAUAUAUUAAAAAAUUUUCGAAGUACAUUCGAUUAUUUUAAAGACAGAUUGCCUAGUUAUUUUGAAGGUAGAGCAAUCAUACCGUGGACGUUUCAUCCUAACGUGGUAUUUGAGAGGAUGAAUAAGUUUUUAGAGAGAUUAAAUACGAUCCAGUGGUUUUUCAAAACGGUACUCGAAUUUCAAAAGUUAGAAAAAAUUGAAAUUGGCGGUAUGAAAGGUCGAGUAUUAGGUGGCCAGAUUAGAGAUAUUUCAGCAGAAUUUGAUGGUUAUUUUCAUAGUUUCGCUUCUAAAUCAUACGAUGUUUUGGACCCUGAUGAUGAAACAUUUAAUGAAGAUUUUAAGGCGUUCCAAGAAAAUAUUAUCGACUUAGAUUUAAAAUUAUCGACAGUUUUGGUAGAGUCUUUUGAUAACUGUCCCACUUUAGAGGGAAUAUUUAAGUUGAUAGACAUUGUUGGCUCAGUUUUAGACAGACCGCUUAUCAGAAAUGAAUUUACAGCGAAAUACGUAGAAAUAAUUGUAAUGCUCAAGGAAGAAAUAAUUGUUUGUGAAGAUCUCUUUAAAGAGCAAGUUCAUCGUCAAGAAAAAUACGGUCAUAUGGAAAUAGAUGCAUUUUUUCCACCAAUAGCAGGAGGACUUCUAUAUAUGACCACGCUUGCUGCUAGAAUUACUAAACCAGUGUCCAAUUUUAGAAAUCUCCAGCAUCCGAUAAAAGAUAGCGAGGAAGCGAAGAAAAUUUUUAUACGAUACGAACAGUUAAUAAAUGACAUCAAUGAUUUCAAGAAGAAAUAUUUCAACGAAUGGGCAGUGACUGUCCCUAAAGUUAUUGAGACGAAAUCAAAUAACACCAUACUCGCCCGACAGGGAUCUGAUUUAAUAUUAAACUUUAGUCCAGCGCUUCUUGAAUUAAUGAAGGAAAUUCAUCAUCUUCGAAACAAUUCAGAUUUCAAACAAUACUUACCACCUGAAAGCUUAGAGUUAUUUAAAAAGCAAGAAACUUAUAGACAGUAUCGAAUUAAUCUCAAUAGCACGAUUGAUUGGUACAAUCUUAUCCGCAAGAAUAGUCAAAAGGUUGAAUUUGACUUAGUUGAAGACGAAAUUAAGGCGAUCGAUCAUAGAAUUGAUAUGGGGCAGAAUGAAUUAAACUGGAAUUCGAAAGACCUAUGGAAUUAUUUAGAAGAACUUAAUACAUUAGUAGGCAGUCUUUUUAAGCGUAUGUCAAAAAUACAAGCUAAUUUGAGGGAAAUGAAAGCUACCAUGAAGACAUGGACUACACAACCAUUAUUUGAAAGAAAGGAAGGUAAAAAGGACACUUUAUUAAAUCUCGAUGACUGGCAAGAACGCACUAACAAACGGUACAGUGAAAUAAAAGAAACAGCUGAACGUAUAAAUGUUCUGUUACAAGAGAAUAUGGAAUUGUUUAACAUGCAAGACAAUCAAGAUAGUGAAAUAUGGUUGUCUUAUGUUUCCUUUAUAGAUGGGUUGAUUGAAGAAACUUUAUUUAAAUCAAUUGCUUGCAGUUUAGGUUACAUAUCAGAACACAUGAAUCCUAAGAAUAAACUAGCUCCUUUAUUCGAAGCGCAAUUGGAGCUUCUUGAACCGGACAUGGUCUUUUGCCCGAGCUUAGACCCAAGCGAAGAAAAAAGUUUUACAGCUAUGAUAAAUAAAUUAAUUGAGGAUAUAUUUAGAAUGUCAACAUUGAUAACAAGGAUCGACCCGAAGAAAAGCGAUUCAUAUGAAACUCAAAUUGUUAACCACAGCGAUAUUAUUGAGAUGAAAGAAGACAUAUUAAAUGGAAUAGAAAGAGUUGUAGAAGAAGCAAAUGACUUUUGCAAAACAUUUGAAAACUAUUCAUAUUUAUGGUUGGAAGAACGAGAUGCUGUAAUGGAGAUAUUCCUAACAUAUGGGAGAAUACUAACUCCUGAAGAAAUAGAUAGAAUUGGUUCGGAAGAUAAAGAAGUUGUUCCUCCUGUACCGUGUCCACCGAAAAUGGAAGCUUUCAGGGAACAAAUAGAUCAUUACGAAAAUUUGUUUAUGGAUAUAGAAGAUAUGGAUUCCUACAAAGUUUUUAAUUCAUGGUUUCAGGUUGAUAUAAGACCAUUCAGACAAGCUUUGUUAAAUACAGUGCGUAAAUGGGGAAAUAUGUAUAAGGAACAUUUGGUAGAGAAUGUUACGUCCAGUCUUAGUGAUUUGGGUAAUUUUAUUCGAAAAGCUGAUGAAGGUCUCUUGCAGCCUGUACCCGAAGGCGAUUAUGAAGCACUAGUCUCUGUUAUGGGUUAUUUAAUGCAUGUUAAAGACCGUGCUCUAACUACUGAUGAUAUGUUUCAACCUCUGACAGAAACAAUUGAACUUUUAAAGUUUUACGAUAUGGAUAUACCAGAAGAAGUCAACGUGCUUUUGCAAGAACUACCAGAACAGUGGCAAUCAACUAAGAAGCUGGCUUUAACUGUGAAACAACAAGUAGCUCCUCUACAAGCGGCAGAAGUUUCUGGAAUCAGGAAAAAAAUAACUACGUUUGAUUCCCAUGUUACUUAUUAUAGAGAAGUCUUUAAGAAAUACGAAUUUUUCAAAUAUGAAUGUGAUGAUCCCUAUGCUGUUAUGUCACGCGUUGAUAAAGAAAUGCUACACCUGGAAGAUGAAAUGAAGAGUAUUCAAGAAUCUGGCUCACUUUUUGAAGUUAACAUACCAGAAUUUAAGCUUCUAAAACAAUGUAGGAAAGAAUUGAGAAUGCUUAAGCAACUAUGGGACUACGUUUAUAUAGUACGAACAAGUAUCGAAGACUGGAAAACGACACCAUGGCGAAAAAUCGAUGUUGAAAAUAUGGAUAUCGAAUGUAAAAAGUUUGCUAAAGAAAUCAGACUAUUAGAUAAAGAAAUGCGAAGUUGGGACACUUAUAUUAACUUAGAAGCUACGGUAAAAAAUAUGUUAACUUCGCUAAGAGCAGUGGCUGAGUUACAAAACCCUGCUAUCAGGGAACGCCACUGGGAUCAACUCAUGAGAACUACAAAGAGCUUAGCUGCAUUGCCACCUGAACUUACAGUCCGAAUUGUUAUGGAUGAAAAUACAACGUUAGCGGAUUUGUUAGCGUUAAAUCUACACGAAUUUGAGGAAGAAGUUAAAAAUAUCGUGGACAAAGCAGUAAAAGAAAUGUCAAUGGAAAAGAUUUUAAAAGAUUUGAAUACUACUUGGAGUGGUAUGGAAUUUGAACAAGAGGUACACACAAGAACUGGUUGUGUUUUACUAAGAGCUAGCGAAGAACUAAUAGAAACUCUUGAAGAAAAUCAGGUACAACUUCAAAAUUUGAUUACGUCUAAGUUUAUUGCUCAUUUCCUAGAAGAAGUCUCUGGUUGGCAGCAAAAGUUGUCAAUUGCAGAUCAAGUUAUAACUGUAUGGUUUGAAGUACAAAGAACUUGGACUCAUCUUGAAAGUAUAUUCAUGAGUUCAGAGGAUAUCAGGAAACAAUUGCCUGAAGAUUCAGCUAGAUUUGAUAGGAUAGAUGCUGAAUUUAAAAUCUUGUCAAAAGAAAUGUCAAAGACUCCAAAUGUAGUUAAAGGAACAAAUAAAGAAGGUUUAGUAGCUAUCUUGGAUAGCUUACAAAAAGAUCUAGUAAUUUGCGAAAAAGCUUUAGCUGAAUAUUUGGAGACAAAAAGAUUAGCAUUUCCCAGGUUUUAUUUUGUGUCUUCAGCUGAUUUAUUGGAUAUUUUGUCGAACGGAAAUCAAGCCGAUCUCGUAAUAAGACACCUUACGAAGUUAUUCGACUCUAUUGCUAAGUUACAGUUUAUUGAAAGUGAUGUACCUGGUGAAAAAACGGCUUCAGGUAUGAUAGCUAAAGAUGGUGAAAUUGUACUGUUUCAUGGGCAAUGUGAUUGUACUGGUCCGGUAGAAAUAUGGCUUAACAGAUUACAAGAUAUGAUGCGAUCCACAAUUCGCCAUUAUUUUGGAGAAGGUAUCGUAUCUUACGAAGAAAAAUCUAGAGAACAGUGGCUAUUUGAUUAUAUGGCCCAAGUUUCCUUAUGUUGCUCUCAAAUUUGGUGGACAUCUGAAGUAAAUAUUGCUUUUGGGAGACUAGAAGAAGGGUAUGAUAAUGCUCUUAAGGAUUACUAUAAGAAACAACUGUCUCAAUUAAGUACAUUAAUCACUUUAUUAAUUGGGGAAUUGAGUAAACAAGAUCGUCAAAAAAUCAUGACAAUAUGUACAAUUGACGUGCAUUCUAGAGAUGUGGUCAGCAAAUUGAUUCAGGGAAAAGUGGAAGCUGGAUCUGCAUUUCAAUGGCAGUCUCAACUCAGACACAGAUGGGAUGAAAAAGAAUACCAUUGUUUCGCCAAUAUAUGUGAUGCUCAGUUCAAGUACAGCUAUGAAUAUUUAGGAAAUACACCUCGGUUAGUAAUAACGCCUUUAACUGACAGAUGUUAUAUAACUUUGACUCAGUCACUACAUUUAAUAAUGGGUGGUGGUCCCGCCGGUCCAGCUGGAACAGGAAAAACAGAAACGACCAAAGAUUUAGGUAGAGCUCUUGGCAUAAUGGUUUACGUCUUCAAUUGUUCGGAGCAAAUGGAUUAUCAGUCUUGUGGUAAUAUCUAUAAAGGUUUAGCGCAAACCGGUGCUUGGGGAUGUUUCGAUGAAUUUAACAGAAUUUCUGUUGAGGUGCUUUCGGUAGUAGCGGUUCAAGUAAAAUCAGUUCAAGAUGCAAUAAGGGACAAAAAGGAAAAAUUUAAUUUUAUGGGAGAAACAAUAGUCUUAGUCCCUACGGUUGGUAUAUUUAUAACAAUGAAUCCAGGUUACGCUGGCAGAACAGAGUUACCGGAGAAUUUGAAGGCUUUGUUCAGACCUUGUGCAAUGGUUGUACCAGAUUUUGAAUUGAUUUGUGAAAUUAUGUUAGUGGCUGAAGGAUUUCAGGAUGCAAAAAUUUUGGCAAGAAAGUUCAUAACUUUGUACACGUUAUGUAAAGAGCUUUUAUCAAAACAAGAUCAUUAUGAUUGGGGAUUGAGAGCGAUUAAAUCCGUAUUAGUUGUCGCUGGGUCUUUAAAGAGAGGCGAUCCCGGAAGACCUGAAGAGGAAGUACUUAUGAGAACAUUACGUGAUUUUAACAUUCCAAAAAUAGUAACAGACGAUAUGCCUGUAUUUAUGGGACUAAUCGGUGAUCUGUUUCCUGCUCUUGAAGUACCAAGAAAACGUGACUUAGAAUUCGAAAGAACAGUCAAACAAGCCGCAAUGGAUUUGCUUCUACAACCAGAAGAUAACUUUAUUUUAAAAGUUGUUCAAUUAGAAGAAUUGCUUGAAGUACGUCAUUCUGUCUUCAUUGUUGGUAAUGCUGGUACUGGUAAAACUCAAGUGUGGAAAACGCUGUUUAAAACAUAUCAAAAUAUGAAGAAAAAGCCAAUUUUCAAUGAUUUGAAUCCAAAAGCUGUUACAAACGAUGAACUAUUUGGUAUAAUCAAUCCAGCUACUAGGGAAUGGAAGGAUGGAUUGUUUUCUGUUAUAAUGCGAGAUCAAGCAAAUUUAGUAGGCGAAAACCCAAAAUGGAUAGUUUUAGAUGGAGAUAUAGAUCCCAUGUGGAUUGAAUCGUUGAAUACAGUUAUGGAUGAUAAUAAAAUAUUAACUUUGGCCAGUAAUGAGCGUAUAGCGCUAACGCCAAGUAUGAGAUUGAUGUUUGAAAUAUCUAAUUUACGUACAGCUACGCCAGCUACUGUAUCAAGAGCUGGUAUUUUGUAUAUCAACCCACAAGAUUUAGGUUGGAAUCCUUACGUAACAAGUUGGGUAGAAACUAGAAAAAUACCAGCGGAAAAGUCAAACCUGGUUAUCCUGUUCGACAAAUAUAUCCCACCAUGCCUAGAGAACAUACGAAAUAGAUUUAAGAAAAUAACACCAAUAGCCGAUAUGGCACACAUUCAAAUGCUUUGUCAUCUGCUGAGUUGUUUAUUAGUUCCUGAGAAUACGCCACCAGAUUGUCCAAAAGAUUGGCACGAUAUAUAUUUCGUAUUUGCUUGUGUUUGGGCUUUUGGAUCUGCUAUGUUUCAAGAUACGAAUAUUGAUUAUAGGAUUGAAUUCUCUAAAUGGUGGCUCAAUGAGUUUAAAAACGUAAAAUUUCCAACCGGAGGAACAGUAUUUGAUUAUUACAUAGAUUCUGAAACCAAACAAUUCGCACCCUGGACUGAUAAAAUAAUGAAAUUUGAAUUAGAUACGGACAUACCAUUGCAAGCGGUACUUGUUCCAACAGCUGAAACAAUCAGAGUUAGAUAUUUCUUAGAUUUAUUGAUGAAAAACAAGCACCCGGUAAUGUUGGUGGGAAGUGCUGGUUGUGGCAAAACAGUACUCGUAAAUGAAAAACUGCAAAGCCUUUCAGAUAACUAUGCCAUUCAAUCGAUUCCAUUUAAUUUCUACACGACGUCAGAAAUGCUGCAAAAGAUUUUAGAAAAACCCUUAGAAAAAAAAGCUGGACGUAAUUACGGUCCGCCAGGAAAUAAAACUUUGAUAUACUUUAUAGAUGACAUGAACAUGCCAGAAGUCGAUCCUUACGGAACAGUGCAACCUCAUACAAUAAUAAGACAACAUUUAGAUUACAAUCAUUGGUACGAUCGCACCAAAUUGUCUUUAAAGGAUAUUCAUAAUACUCAGUAUGUUUCAUGCAUGAAUCCAACAUCUGGUAGUUUUACUAUAAAUCCAAGAUUGCAGAGACAUUUUUGCGUAUUUGCGAUAAGUUUCCCAAAUGCAGAAGCUUUGAACAAUAUCUAUCAUUCGAUACUUAGUCAGCAUUUGGUUAAUCCAGAAUUAAGAAUAAGUGCUCAAAUUGCAAAAAUUUCGAAAAAUGCCGUGGCAGCAACUAUAGCUUUGCACAACAAAGUGUCACAAGUAUUCCUACCGACGGCUAUUAAGUUUCAUUAUAUCUUCAACUUAAGAGAUUUGUCUAACGUUUUUCAGGGAUUCCUUUUUAGUACAAAUGAAUGUUUAGUGUAUCCUUCUGACUUAAUAAGACUUUGGCUGCACGAAACCCACAGAGUAUAUGGAGACAAAUUGACAGAAGAUAAGGAUAUAGAUGCUUUUCUUAAAAUGCAAGUUGAUCUAUGUAAGAAAAAUUUUGAGGACAUAGACGAAGGUGCAGUAUUUGAGCGUCCAAAUAUUUAUUGUCAUUUUGCGGGUGGUAUUGGUGAGCCGAAGUAUAUGCCGAUUGCUAAUUGGGAACAGCUAAAUAAAUUGCUCACCGAGGCACUUUCCAGCUACAAUGAUCUUAUUGCAGCGAUGAAUCUUGUAUUAUUUGAGGAUGCCAUGAUGCACAUUUGCAGAAUAAGUCGAAUCCUUGAAAGUCCAAGAGGUAGCGCUCUUCUUGUUGGAGUUGGUGGUUCUGGUAAACAAUCUCUGUCACGGCUGGCAGCCUUUAUUUCGAGUUUGGAAGUAUUUCAAAUACAAUUGAAGAAAGGAUACGGUGUUACAGAUUUAAAGCAUGAACUUUCUGGAUUAUACAUUAAAACCGGCUUAAAGAACGUUGGAAUUAUGUUUCUCAUGACAGAUGCCCAAGUUGCUAAUGAACAGUUCCUUGUAUUAAUCAAUGACUUACUAGCCUCUGGUGAAGUUGGAGAUCUUUUUUCAGAUGAUGAUAUUGAAAAUAUUAUUGGAGGUGUUAGAAAUGAGGUAAAAGGUGCAGGUUUACCUGAUACAAGAGAAAUUUGUUGGAAAUUCUUUAUUGACCGCGUUCGUAAGCAACUUAAAGUUGUUCUUUGUUUUUCGCCUGUGGGUUCGACGUUACGAGUAAGGUCUAGAAAGUUUCCAGCUCUCAUCAACUGUACAUCUAUCAACUGGUUCCACGAAUGGCCUCAAGAAGCGUUAGUUUCAGUGUCCAUAAAGUUUUUGGAAGAGUUGCACGUCUUGCCGAUUAAUUUGCGAGAUUCUGUGUCAAGAUUCAUGGCUUAUGUACACACUUCGGUUAAUACAGUUUCGAAGGCUUACCUAUCUAAUGAGAGGCGUUACAACUAUACAACACCUAAGAGUUAUCUAGAACAAAUCAGCUUAUACGCUAAACUUGUAAAUCAAAAAACUGAUGAGCUUCGAGCUAAAAUUCUCAGAUUGGAAAAUGGCUUAGAAAAGUUAAGAAGUACUGCUUCUCAAGUAGAUGAACUAAAAGCUAAGCUAGCUCUACAAGAAAUAGAAUUACAGCAAAAGAAUGAAGCAGCUGACAAACUUAUUGAAAUGGUUGGCGUUGAAACAGCUAAAGUACAAAGCGAGAAAGCGCUGGCUGAUGAGGAAGAAGAAAAAGUAGCAGUGAUUGCUGAAGAAGUGUCCAAAAAGCAAAAAGAUUGCGAAGAAGAUCUUAUAAAGGCCGAACCUGCACUAGUAGCUGCUCAAGAAGCUUUGAACACUCUUAAUAAAGCUAAUUUGACAGAGUUAAAAUCCUUUGGUUCUCCUCCAGGGGCUGUAACAAACGUAACAGCUGCUGUUAUGGUCUUGUUGGCACCAGGAGGAAAAAUACCGAAAGAUAGAAGUUGGAAAUCUGCUAAGAUGAUGAUGGCAAAGGUCGACGUAUUUUUGGAAUCUCUCAUAAAUUACGACAAAGAAAAUAUUCAUCCCGACGUUAUCAAAGCCAUACAGCCGUACCUCAAAGAUUCUGAGUUUGAACCAGAAUUUGUUAGAUCGAAAUCGGCUGCGGCGGCGGGUCUUUGUGCUUGGGUAAUAAACAUCAUCAAGUUUUAUGAGGUAUUCUGCGACGUAGAGCCGAAGAGAAAAGCAUUGGCCGCGGCUAACGCUGAAUUAGCAGCAGCGACAGAAAAGUUAAAAUCGAUCAAGUCUAAAGUUGCUUCUCUAGAAGAACAAUUAGCGACAUUGACUGCUGAUUUUGAAAAAGCAACAUCAGAGAAAGUAAAAUGUCAACAAGAAGCGGACGCAACAAAUAGAACUAUUCAAUUAGCAAAUCGUCUGGUUAAUGGACUCGCUAGUGAAAACGUCAGAUGGGCUGAAGCUGUUUCUAUAUUUAUGCAGCAAAGUACAACAUUACCGGGCGAUGUUCUUCUCGUUUGUGCCUUCAUAUCAUAUGUCGGUUGUUUCACUAAGCAGUACAGACUAGAUUUACUACACAAGAAUUGGCUAGUUUUCUUGAAAACUUUAGAGCCACCAAUUCCAAUAACCGAAGGACUAGAUCCAUUGUCGAUGUUAACGGAUGAUACAAAUAUAGCGAUAUGGCACAAUGAAGGUUUACCUUCAGAUCGCAUGAGUACUGAAAAUGCUACUAUACUUUCAAACUCCGAUCGAUGGCCCUUGAUGAUUGAUCCACAGCUUCAAGGGGUAAAGUGGAUAAAACAAAAAUAUGGCGACGUACUUAAGGUAAUUCGUCUUGGACAAAAAGGUUAUCUUGAUACUAUUGAAAAAGCUAUUAUUAAAGGUGAAACAGUACUCUUAGAAAAUAUUGGUGAAACUGUCGACCCAGUCUUGGACCCUUUAUUGGGCCGAAACCUUAUUAAAAAAGGAAGGGCUAUUAAAAUUGGGGACAAAGAAGUAGAAUACAGUCCAAAUUUUAAGUUAAUAUUACACACUAAACUAGCCAAUCCACACUACAAGCCAGAGAUGCAAGCUCAGACUACAUUAGUGAAUUUCACUGUUACUCGAGAUGGGCUAGAAGACCAACUAUUGGCAGAAGUGGUCAAAGCUGAGAGACCAGAUUUAGAAGAGUUAAAAGCAGAAUUAACAAAGCAACAAAAUGAAUUUAAGAUACAGUUGAAAACGCUUGAAGACGAUCUAUUAUCUCGCCUGUCAUCAGCAGGUGGGAAUAUCUUAGGUGAUACGGCGUUGAUAGAAAAUUUGGAAACUACUAAAAAGACUGCUGCAGACAUUGAGAAGAAGGUAACCGAAGCUAAAGUAACAUCUCACCAAAUAGAUCAAGCGCGGGAAUUCUAUCGACCAGCUGCAGCUCGAGCUUCACUUCUCUACUUUAUUCUGAAUGACCUUAAUACCAUUAAUCCUAUAUACCAAUUCUCACUUAAGGCUUUUAGCGUCGUUUUUCAAAAGGCAAUAUCAAAAGCUGAACCAGCUGAGGAAGUCAGUCUGAGGAUCAAAAAUUUAAUUGAUUGUAUCACGUACUCGGUAUUUCAAUAUACUUCGAGGGGUCUUUUCGAAUGUGAUAAGUUAAUAUUUGCAUCGCAGAUGACUUUCCAGGUUCUUCUGAUGAGUGAGGAAGUAUCACCAGCCGAUUUAGAUUUUUUCCUUCGCUUUCCAAUAAAACCUCAUGUAACAAGUCCUGUUGACUUUCUGUCAAAUCAGAGCUGGGGUGGUAUAUGCUCCUUAGCGAGUAAAGACGAAUUUAGAAACCUCGAUAGGGAUAUAGAGACUUCACCGAAGAGAUGGAAGAAAAUUGUCGAAAUCGAAUGUCCAGAAAGAGAAAAGUUUCCACAGGAAUGGAAGAAUAAAACAGCACUUCAGAGAUUAUGCAUGCUCCGAGCUCUGCGACCAGAUAGAAUGACGUAUGCUGUUGCAACUUAUAUUGAAGAAAAGAUGGGUGCAAGAUAUGUAGAAAAUCGUACGGUUGAAUUCAGUAAAUCUUUUGAAGAAACCAGUCCAACGACACCUAUAUUUUUCAUAUUGUCCCCUGGAGUGAAUCCUCUGAAGGACGUAGAGACUUUAGGAAAGGUCUUAGGAUUCACUGCUGAUAAUGGAAACUUCCAUAACGUGUCGUUGGGUCAAGGACAGGAGAUAGUAGCUGAACAAGCUAUGGAUGAAUCACUUAAAAAGGGUCACUGGGUCGUAUUGCAGAAUAUACAUCUAGUUAAGAAAUGGUUACCGAGCCUUGAAAAGAAAAUGGAAAGCUUCGCAGGCGGUUGUCAUGCAGACUACAGGUUAUUUAUGUCAGCAGAACCAGCAGCCACCCCUGCUGCGCAUAUUAUACCUCAGGGUAUAUUGGAAUCCAGCAUUAAAAUUACUAAUGAACCACCUACUGGAAUGCAGGCAAAUUUACACAAAGCACUCGAUAAUUUCAAUCAAGAAACGUUAGAAAUGUGUGGUAAAGAAGCGGAAUUUAAAGCUAUUCUAUUCGCCCUUUGUUAUUUCCACGCUGUAGUCGCGGAAAGACGGAAAUUUGGUCCUCAGGGAUGGAAUAAAAUUUACCCCUUCAAUGUUGGUGAUUUAACAAUAAGCGUAUUCGUUUUGUAUAACUAUUUGGAAGCGAACUCAAAAGUUCCAUGGGAGGAUUUGAGGUAUUUAUUUGGUGAGAUCAUGUAUGGCGGUCAUAUAACAGACGAUUGGGACAGAAGACUUUGUAAUGCUUAUCUUGAAGAAUUGAUGCAACCUGAUUUGGUCGAUGGCGAACUGCAGCUAGCACCAGGUUUCCCAGCACCACCCAAUACUGAUUAUGUCGGCUACCACCAAUAUAUAGAAGAUGCGAUGCCUCAAGAGUCUCCAUACUUAUACGGUCUCCACCCAAACGCUGAAAUAGGGUUCCUAACGACAACUUCAGAAAAUUUGUUUAGGACCAUUUUUGAAAUGCAACCGAGAGAUGCUCAAGCUUCUGGAGCUACUACAGUGACUAGAGAGGAUAAGGUGAAGCAAAUGCUGGAUGAAGUAAUGGAGAAACUACCCGAGGAGUUUAACAUGGUGGAAAUAAUGGGAAAAGUGGAAGAGCGAACUCCAUACGUGAUCGUUGCAUUCCAGGAGUGCGAGCGUAUGAACCAUCUGACUGGAGAAAUGAAACGCUCGCUAAGAGAGUUGGAUUUGGGUUUGAAGGGUGAAUUGACAAUCACUUCAGAUAUGGAGGAACUGGAAAAUGCGCUUUUCUUGGAUCAAGUUCCUGCGAUAUGGGCUUUGAGGGCUUACCCAUCACUGUUGGGGUUAUCAGCCUGGUUUGUAGAUUUACUGCUUCGACUGAGAGAGUUGGAAACUUGGGCAACUGAUUUUGUAUUACCAACAUCAGUAUGGUUGGGUGGAUUCUUCAACCCACAAAGCCUGCUCACAGCUAUCAUGCAGAGCACGGCGCGUCGCUACGAGUUGCCGCUAGACAAGAUGUGCUUACAGUGCGAUGUCACUAAGAAGAUGAAAGAAGAUUUCACCGCAGCGGACGCGCGCUCGGCGCCGCGCGACGGCGCUUACGUGCACGGGCUGCAGCUGGAGGGCGCGCGCUGGGACCUGCACGCCGGCAUCGUCAUGGACUCGCGCCUCAAGGAACUCUUCCCGCCCAUGCCCGUCAUCAACGUGCGGGCCAUCACACAAGACAAGCAAGACCUACGUAAUAUGUACGAGUGUCCUGUGUAUAAAACUCGCACGCGCGGACCCACUUACGUAUGGACCUUCAACUUGAAAACUAAAGACAAGCCUUCGAAAUGGACAUUAGCCGGGGUCGCUUUGUUAUUGCAGAUUUAAAUAAAAUAAUUAUUAUUCAUUUGUUCGAUGACUUUUAAUUGCUAUAUCUGUUUUGCUUGAGGUACAUGUUUGUAUUUUUUAAUUUUUUUUAGGGCUUGCUUCACAGCUUUUUAAUGUUAAAAUUUAUUUUUCUAAAAUAAAGUUGGAUUUUGUAAUCAGUCGAUAUGUUGUAUUAGACAACAUUUAAUCCUUGAUUUUUAUUUUGUGUUUAUGGUAAAUAUGUAAUGUAUGUAUAAAUAAAUAGACUUGUAUUUAUUAAAAA